UUUUUGACAGCAGGCAGCUCAGUAACUGAACAAACAAAGUCCGUCGAGCGUGCAGCAGUUCCUCUACACACUGUGAAGCUUAGUUUCAAUAGCACUAGCAUUGUUGUUCGUCUCGAAACAUCUCCCGGAACAUAGUUCAGUGUAAUUGGUUUGCAGUGAUUUCGAAAAAAACGCACAAUUCCCCACAAUGAGCGGCAAAAAGGGUCUCGAUCUGUUGCGUACCAUCGCUACUGUGAUGACCAAAACCAACGGGUACGAUAGGUGUUUGCAGCAGCUCGUAAUGGUUAGCGGAGGUGAUGGACGCUGUAUGGCGGAGUUUAAGGUAGAGGAAGAACAUCUGAACCGUGCCGGUGGACUGCAUGGUGGCUAUACCGCCACCAUCGUAGACGUGGUCACUACGUACGCGCUGAUGACGAAGGAAAACGCAACGCCCGGCGUAUCGGUGGACAUUCACGUGAGCUAUCUGAAAGGUGCACGGCUAGGCGAUGAAGUCAUCAUCGACGCCAACACGGUACGGGCGGGACGAAACCUAGCAUUCCUGGAGUGUGAGUUGCGCCACAAGAAAGAUAACUCAAUCAUUGCCAAAGCAUCGCACACCAAAUACAUUGGGAGUAGUUAAAUAGGCACAGACCAAAUACCAUAGAAAUGGACAUACAAGCGGGGAAAGAGGUGGUAGAAUAAAAAAAGGUGGUUUGGUGA